GCCAGUUCAAUAUCUUCCAACUUCUUUUUGCGGAGACUUACCGCGCGAUAGCCAACAUGCAUCCUGACAUGUCGGAUGAUGAGACCCCACCUCUUGUGCAGCCAGGACAAGAAGGUGCCAACCCUGACGUAGACGAAGAACCCCCCCAGCUAGCCUCUCUCCAAGACGAUGCCGUGCCCGACCUCAUUGCCGAUCCUAUAGAAAUGACACUUGACAAAGUACCCAUCACGAUCGUCACCGGCUACUUAGGCGCCGGGAAAACAACAUUGCUCAACUACAUUCUAACCGAACAACAUGGCAAGAAAAUAGCGGUUAUCCUCAACGAGUUUGGUGAUUCGAUCGACAUCGAGAAACAGCUUACGGUUUCCGACACGAAUUCAACAGAAGCGAAGCCCAUUCCUUUUGUUCCCCUCGCAAACGGCUGUAUCUGCUGUUCCGUCAAAGAUGUCGGCGUAGCGGCAAUCGAAAACCUCAUGGAGCAGCGAGGAAAGUUCGACUACAUCCUCCUCGAAACCACCGGUCUCGCGGAUCCAGGGAACAUCGCUCCGCUCUUCUGGCUAGAUGAUGGACUCGGAAGUACCAUUUUCCUAGAUGGAAUAGUAACUCUAGUUGAUGCCAAGAACGUCAUGAAAGAAUUGAAUGAGGGAUUCGGUGAUGAUCCGGACAAAUUAAAGGAAGAGAAAGAACAUCACCACAAUAGCCCACUCCUAACCACAUGUCACUUGCAGAUUAGCCAUGCAGAUGUCAUACUGAUAAACAAAGCCGACUUAGUCUCCACCGAGGAACUCAACAAAGUCGUGGAACGUAUCCGGUCGAUAAAUGGACUAGCAAGGAUAGAAACUACGACUAAGAGUCGGGUCUCACAGCUGGAGGGUUUACUUCUAGAUCUACAUGCCUACAACCAAGUCACAGAUGCAGAUCUAACAUUCGCGAGUAAGGGACACAGUCACCUUGAUCCUACAAUAUCCACUUCCACGAUUACAUUUCCUGCCAUUGACGAAGCACAUAUUAAGAACUUCGACAAAUUCCUACGCACUGUAUUGUGGGAAGACGAGUUGCCUGAGAUCAGUGCGUACGAGACUUUUGAGAUACAUCGGUUGAAAGGCCGAGUCCCAAUCAUAGGCGGCAAGGUUUUACUUGUUCAGGGAGUGAGAAAUAUAUACGAGAUCAUUGACGAGAGUCCGGUCAGAAGCAAACCGACGGAAGGAGAAGGCCAGCCUAGCCACGUUGAAGCCAAACUAGUACUGAUUGGAAGGAAGGUAGAUCAACCAGCUUUCCGCGAAAGUCUCAUGUCCACACUAGCAUUACCCUCAUAG